AUGAGACAAAAAAAUUUAAUGGCCGAAUACAUGCUUCGGCAUCAAGAUUUGGCCAAAAAUAUGUUGCCGAAUUGUGGUCAGGGCAAAGCUGCUGCCAAUAAAUUGUGGGACUCCUUGGCGGUCCUGCUUAAUGCGGCCGGUCCACCAAUGAAGGAUGCUAAGUCUUGGCGGAAAGUAUUUGCUGAUCAAAAGCACAACGUCAAAAAGAAGUUGUCUUUCAACAAAGCGUCGAAGCAGCGAACUGGUGGUGGUCCUUACGAAGAAAAGUACCUAACAACAGCAGAGGAGCAACUGCUUCAGGCUACCGGCAUGGACGUUGCGGUAGAAGGCCUGGGAGAAGUAAGAACUUUUGGCAACUCCACCCCUGAAAAAGAGCCUGUCGAAAUGCUUAUGGAAGAGUUUUUAUACAGUGACGAAGACGACGUUCCACCGAAACCCUCUACUAGUCGCAGCGCUACGAAGAGGAGCAAACAGGAUGCUGCCGAUGAAAAGCUGGCCCUCAUUAAAGAAAACAUGAUCGCGUUUGAAAGCUACCAGCAGAGUAUAGGCGCAAAACUAGACAAGCUUAUAGCUUUGAAGGAGAGGUCGAUGGAAAUGAAAAAGGAAGCUCACAAAGCUUAUAUGGAAGUCAAAGCAAUAGAGCUGCAACUUAACCGAAUACAAUUAGAAGCCUUAAAAGAAAAUAAAUAA